AUGCCUAUUUCCGAUUCCCCCAAGACCCUCUACGACAAGGUCUUUGAGGACCACAUUGUUCACAAAGAUGAAAGCGGUUCCUACCUUCUUUACAUUGAUCGUCAUCUCGUUCACGAGGUGACAUCGCCCCAGGCUUUUGAAGGCCUUAAAGAUGCUGGCAGAAAAGUCAGAAGAACUGACUGUACUCUUGCCACUGUCGAUCACAACAUUCCUACGGUGCCACGUACGAACUUCAAGAACGUCGAGACGUUUGUGGAGCAGGAAGACUCCAAGCUUCAAGUGAUGACUCUAGAACAGAACGUCAAGGACUUUGGCGUCACCUACUUUGGCAUGACCGACGACCGUCAAGGUAUCGUGCACGUUAUUGGUCCAGAGCAGGGUUUCACUCUUCCGGGUACUACUAUGGUGUGUGGUGACUCGCAUACGUCGACUCAUGGUGCUUUUGGCGCCUUGGCUUUUGGUAUUGGUACUUCUGAGGUGGAGCAUGUGUUGGCUACCCAGACGAUUAUCCAGGCCAAGUCUAAGAACAUGAGAAUUAGUGUCAACGGUGAUUUGCUGCCGGGCAUCACUUCUAAGGAUCUUGUUUUGCAUGUUAUCGGUGUCAUUGGUACUGCUGGUGGUACUGGAUGCGUUAUUGAGUUUGCUGGCACUGCUAUUGAAGCUCUUUCCAUGGAAGCCCGUAUGUCCAUCUGUAACAUGUCUAUUGAAGGUGGUGCUCGUGCUGGUAUGAUCAAGCCAGACGAAAUCACCUUCAACUACCUUAAGGGCCGUCCUUUGGCUCCUAAGGGUGCUGAAUGGGAAAAGGCUGUCAAGUACUGGAGCACUUUGCACAGUGACGAGGGCGCCUAUUUCGACUACGACAUCAACAUCAACGCCGCCGACAUUGUUCCAACCAUCACUUGGGGUAACUCUCCCCAGGACGCCUUGCCAAUCACCGCCAAGGUCCCAGAUCCAGCUAACGUCGAUGAUCCAAUCAAGAAAGCUGGUAUGGAAAGAGCUCUUGCAUACCAGGGCCUCACGCCCAACAUUCCUCUCCAGGAAAUCAAGAUCGAUAAGGCCUUUAUUGGUUCAUGUACGAAUUCCCGUAUUGAAGACUUGAGAAACGCUGCCAGAGUUGCCAAGGGCCACAAGAAGGCUGACAAUGUCAAGUUGGUGCUUGUGGUGCCAGGAUCUGGUCUUGUCAAGCGCCAAGCUGAGAAGGAAGGUCUUGAUAAGAUCUUUGAGGCUGCUGGUUUCUCGUGGAGAGAGGCUGGUUGUUCCAUGUGCUUAGGUAUGAACCCAGAUAUUCUUGAUCCAGAGGAGAGAUGUGCCUCUACUUCCAACAGAAACUUCGAGGGUCGUCAAGGUGCCAAGUCUAGAACCCACUUGAUGUCUCCAGCCAUGGCUGCCGCUGCCGCUAUCACUGGCCACUUCACUGACAUCAGAGACUGGGACUACGACACUUCCGAUGAGCCAGCUAUGCAAAUUGACUCUUCUGGCCCAGAAGACCAGGAGUUGCAGGACGCCGUCUACGAUCACGAGAAGCAGCCUCUUGAAUCCUCCGAAUCCCUUGCGGACGACAGACUUAAUGACAUUCCUCAGGAACAAGAAGCUUCUCUCACCGUGGACGAGUCAGCUCCAAAGUCAGCUCCUGCUGGCAUGGACAAGUUCACUGUUCUUUCCGGUAUCACUGCUCCUUUGGACAAGGCCAACGUCGACACAGACGCUAUCAUUCCAAAGCAGUUCUUGAAGACCAUCAAAAGAACCGGUCUUAGUAAAGGUCUUUUCUACGAAUUGAGAUUCAACAAGGAUGCUCAAGGUAAGGACGUCGAGACCGACUUUGCAUUGAACGUGGAGCCUUACCGUCAAGCCGAAAUCUUGUUGGUCACUGGUGACAACUUUGGUUGCGGUUCUUCUCGUGAGCACGCUCCUUGGGCCUUGAAGGACUUUGGCAUCAGAUGUAUGAUUGCCCCAUCUUUUGGUGAUAUCUUCUACAACAACUCGUGCAAGAACGGCUUGUUGCCUAUCAGAUUGCCUCAGGAGGUGAUCAAGGAGAAGUUGUACCCAUUGGCUGUUGCCGGUAAGAAGCUUACUGUGGACUUGCCCCAGCAGCAGAUUCGUAACGGCGAAACCGACGAAGUCUUGGUGGACCACUUUGACAUCGAAGAGUUCAGAAAGCACUGCAUUGUCAAUGGUCUUGACGACAUUGGCUUGACCAUGCAAAAGGAAGAGUACAUCCGCAAGUACGAGGAGAAGAGAAGAGACAAGUUUUCAUUCUUGGAGGGCGGCUCCAAGCGCAUCACCCCAAUCCGUGGCGCUAAGAAGUCCAAGUUUGGCCUCAAGACCCAGGAAUGGUAG